CGCAAGACCCAGUCGGAAAUCCCACAUGCACAGCAACUGUACGGAACCCUAGAGAAGCAGCGGCGGCCAAUGGCGAUCAUCACCGAGUUCCACGAGGGCGACGAGGAGGCGCUAGCACCGGCGGCGAAGGCCGUCGGCGGCAGCGACGAGGACGUCCUCGCGGCGGUGCUCGCGCGCACGGGCGGCCCGCUCCCGUUCCUCCAGGCGGCGAUGGACGUCGCGCGGAAGCGCUCGGACCUGUUCCGCGACCCCGCCGCGGCGGGGAAGGUGGCGGAGAUGGCGAAGGCGGCCAGGGCCCAGGCGCAGGCGGAGGAGAAGCUCAGGAAGGUGAGGGAGGAGGCGAGGCAGCUGACUGGGAGGCGAAGGAACGAGGAAGCGAGGAAGGGGAAGGUGGAGGGGAAAGCAGAGAGCACGGAGAAGGACGGGUGGCUCGUGAGAGAACCAAAUGCGGAAAAUGGUCUGGACUUGGAGAAAUAUUCCUGGUCUCAGGAGUUGUCAGAGGUUAACAUAACUGUUCCAGUCCCCCAAGGAACACAGUCAAGGUUUGUUGUCUGUGAGAUUGAGAAGAACCAUCUGAAGGUUGCACUAAAGGGCCAGACUCCUAUAAUUGAUGGGGAGCUUUACCGACCAGUUAAAGUUGGCGACUGCUUCUGGAACAUUGAGGAUGGGAAAUCACUGUCUAUACUUCUGACAAAGCAAAACCAGAAGGAAUGGUGGGCAUGUGUGAUAAGAGGUGGCCUUGAGUUGGACAUCAAGAAGGUGAAGAUAAUGCCCAGCAAAUUCUCUGAAUUGGAUUUGGAUAGUGAGUGCAGGCAGGCUCUUCAGAAGGCAUGCUAUGAUCGUCGUCAGAAGAUGAUGGGCCUCCCAACAAGUGAUGAAACCCAAAUGCAGGACCUUCUCAAGAAGUUCGCCAAGAAGGAUUUCUCACGGGGAUAAAUGGUCCGAGGGUGUUGAAUCCAAGAAGUUUCACGUCAUCAUUGGACAGAUACACAAUUUCAAAUACUGAAUAGAAGUUUACUUAAUCUUUCCUGAAAGUGUAGAGACACAGAC